AAGAUACAUUUAUGAAAGGCUUUUAUAAAUGAUCGAAUAUUUUCAUGACCAAAUUUUGUGCUUGAUUGCAGGAACUAUCGAUGGCAACGAUCACAGAGGAUGUGCAUAUUUACAGUGCAAAGGAAAUGACGUCUGUGUGCAUCGAAAAUUUCGAUGUAAAGAUCCUCCGUGUCCCAAUAUGCUGUACUGCGCAAGAUCUCGAACAGAAUCUCUAAGAGGUCCUUCCACCUGUGACACUGUACAUUGCACCAAUGGCUAUAUGUGCACGUUAAAAGUUCGUCGUUGUCACUGGGACGAAAAGUGUGAGCAACAGAUAGCAAGAUGUGUAUCUCAGAAGGAAUAUUACGAAGGUCCAGCUUCCUGCGCCGGGUUCAAGUGUCCUCAAGGAAAUCACUGCAUCCUCCGGGAAUCGUUCUGUGCCAACCCUCCCUGUAAAUUAAUACAAACCUGCAUGAAAAACAAAGAUGUGCAGCUUUUAUUUGUAAAAUGUCGACAUCUCGGUUGUCCAUCGGAGUAUGAGUGUUUCUUACGAAGACCAGAGAGUGACUGUGCGAGUCCACCCUGUAGGCAUACACCAGAUUGUAUAAUGGCAACAGAGAACGAAAUGACGAAUGUACAUUGUCGUGGAUGGGUGUGUCCACGAAUGCAAACAUGUUCCGCAAAAAUUGUAGAAUCUUGCGAGACAAACGACUGUAAUAUUAAAAGAAUUUGUCACGAGUCACACGCAGUGGCAGCGAAUGAUUCUUCUUCAUCUUUCUCGAGAAGAUCUCUGAAGAACAAAGACGAAAUUUCCCUAAACGAUACUGAGGAGGUAUCUGGAAACACGGAUGGAGUUGAAAAAGCAGGCACUCCUGAGUCGUGGCUGAAUCAUCUGAAAUCGAAAACGGAAUUGGACGCAAUCGAAUUGUGGAUAAAACACGCCGAGGAACAUAAGGAUUUCAAGCAAUUCCAAGAUUGGCUUCGAUCUAUCAAGGACAUACUCGGCUCUGCCGCGUACAGUGGCUGGCUCGAGGAAAUUCUGUCGUCGCGCGGCGAGCAGUUACGAAAAUGGCUACGAGCAUCGCACGACAAGCUGAAUGUCGGGGGGCCGAUAUUUCCGGGGCAGGAACGACCCGGCGGUGCAUUGACGGAAAAUCCAUACGUAGUUGGCGAUACGAUGAAUACAUCUCCGUUGGACGACUCGAACAAAGAAAUAGAAAAACUUGUGUCUCUUCUGAGAGAGAGAAACUUGACGAAUAUUUUAGAAAGGAUUCUUGUUCCAAGCAGAGUUCUAUUACCACCUUACGUAGCUUUGGAUGCUGCACUUUUGAACAAUGCAAGAGAAUCUGAUUCGCCUUCAUUCUCCAAUUACCUUCUGAAAUAUCCUCCUCACGUGGGAAGCCAAUUUUUGCCAUUGCGACCGCAGAAAACAGAAAAUACUUACGAUCAACGGUAUCUUGUGGUACCAGUGAAGAAUAUGAAGGAAUUAACCAAUUCUCAAAUCAUCGAUUAUAAUUCCAACAUAGAACGUUACCAUGAAAUUACUCCUGAGAAUGAAAAGAUGUCUGCUGAACGAGAUAACUCUUACUCUAUCAACGUUCCAGAGAGGAAGAUAAAUUUAUCAUCGACCAGAAACGAUAACUCAUCUUUGAAGACUGGAUUGUACGAGGAUUUUGAAAAGAAGCUUCCUAGGAAAGAAACACAUUCUGAGGAUUCGAUUGGUCUUUUGGGAGACAAAAGGUUGAUGGGUAAAGCGCAGCACUUUGAUGACGUUCCUGUUGAUUUCCUGGAGAAGUUUCUUAAAUCUAUGCAGCUCUUCCCGAUUGAAAACGUGCCACAGACUUUUGAUGAGAAAUCUAUUGAAGAAUAUCGCAAAGACCAAGCACCACUUAACAAGUACCCCUGUCAGGAUUCAUCUAAAGCUCCAGAAAAUGAGAAACACGAUGAAAACUUCGAAUGGGAUUUGACAUCUAGAAAUAAAAAUUCUGAAGAAAAUGAGCAUCAAGUUUUUUUUUCGAAUGAUGAUUAUAAAAACUUUACAAGCAACAUCAAACCAAGUGUUAACACAUUCUUUGACAAAUUAGACACCAUUCGACAUUUCAAUUUUUCAGAUCGGUCGAACGAUGUCCAUUCAGAAUUAUCGUCAACGCAAAUUGAUAAUAAAGAGAAUGAAAAGAUAGAUUUAAAUUUGUUUUUCGAAUUAAAUAAAGAAAGUCUUUUACCUUACAUACAGACCAUACUACAAAUGAUAAACGAAGAGCUUGAUACUUCCAGUCGAGAAACAGAAUUGAAUUUCGGUGAAAGUUCACUAACAACAUCUGUUUUGAAUAGCGAAGAAGUUACUGCUGAUGUAACUGACUAUAGCGAAUUGGAAUCUUUGAAAACUGAACCAAACAACGUGAAAAAAAUUCUGAAUAAUAAUUCGCAAGUCUUGGAAGAAACAUUUGACAAAAUUUUUCCUAAAACUCAAAUAGAAACAGCUUCGACAAAUUCACAGCUACAACAGGAAAGAGAAUCGGGGACACCUGAGUUAAUUUAUGCAAACGAGGAACCUACCAUUCGGUCCUUUUAUAAUCUGCCUAGUUACGGUGCUAGCAACGACGAAAUUGAUCUUCAGGAUUACAUACACUUCGAAUACAAUCAAGUGAAACGUAAAAAUGGUCAUGAAAAAUCGGGGAACUAAAAAUUAAUUAGUUAACACGACAGUUAAAAUUAUUAAAAUAUAUUAGUACAUAUUAAUUAUGAUGUUAUUAUAUACAAUAAAAUAUAUAUGUUUUCUUGUGUUGUGCAUUGUUAAAACAGAGAGAAUGCGUAGAUUAUUACAUCAGUAUUUUUGUUGUAUACAACACCCCGGGGCAAAGAUAUAUAUUUUCUAACAUUGUGUGUUGUUAAAGUAGAGAGAAUGCUUAGAGAGUAUUACGUCAGUGUUCUUGGAAUAUUGGACAUGGAUGUGUAGUAUGUUGAAUUCUGUAUCAUUACUGAGACACGCAAUUUCUUAGAAAUAGACGAACGAAAUUGUAAAUAUUGUACGUGGCCGCGAGGCAGACAACACCGAACAAGUCGAAUAUAUUUACGCUUCUCAGUCGUACAGGAGCUAUCGAAAGCGUAACAUUCGUGCGAAAUACAGUCAGUUAGGUAUUAAAUAAAAUUUGUAAAAAUGGAUCGGGGGGUAGAAUAAUUUUUAGAGCGCAGUGUCUUUUUGUUCCGGGGUGUGUACAAUGUAAUGCAAUAAAUUUUUAUAUUUUCUAUAACACAGUU